UUUACCACCAAUUCCCCGCAGCUGAAAAAAAAAAAAAAAAAGGCACACACACUUUCCCUCUCGUUCCGUCACAAAAAAGCUAAAAAAAAAAAAAACACCCGCAAAUCCAGAGGACGACGACGGUGCUCGCCACGCUAACUUGCGCCGGGCGUCACUCUGCGCAACCUUCUCUCUCACCAUACCAAACCCUCUUUCUCUCUCUCCAUCCCAAACCCUCUUUCUCUCUCUCUCUCUCCUCUGCAAUGAGGGUCCGAUCUCUGUCGAUUAAGGCGGUUCUCUUUCUCUGCUUCUGCGUCCUUCCUUCUCUCGCGUUUCCACUCUUCGCGGCCGCCGAUUCGGCCGACUCUGACUCGGCGGCGGCGGAGAUCAAUGCUGCCGCCGUGGAGACGAACUCGACGCGCUCGAGAUCCACCGAGGACAGCUUCGCCGGCAUGCUCGAUCGCGCGCUCGAGAGGGAGUUCCCCGACAACGAGCAGAAUGAAGCCACAGACGCCGGUAGCUUCAACAACAGUGUUGCCGGACAGCAGGCAGUUUUGGAAACUGUUGCUAGAGUUAAGCCCAAGAAAAAUGACACUAAGGAGGAGAAGUCAUUUCAGUUUCAUCAUGUUUUCAAUUUGGAUAAUGAGAAUCAAGCUGAGGAUAUGCCAACGUUAAUAGAUCGAAAGGACAAUGUCUUUAUUAUAUCCAAUCUCAAGUCAAAGUUUCCUGUGUUACAACUAGACUCGAGGUUGAUAUCAGACCUGGUGGUUGUCAUUGUCUCUGCAACUUGUGGUGGCAUUGCGUUCGCUUGUGCUGGACAACCGGUUAUUACGGGAUAUCUGCUAGCAGGCUCCAUCAUUGGCCCUGGAGGCUUGAGUUUUGUCAGUGAAAUGGUGCAAGUUGAGACAGUUGCUCAGUUUGGUGUUAUCUUUCUGCUUUUUGCAUUGGGCCUGGAGUUCUCUGCUACAAAGCUUCGUGUAGUCCGGGCAGUAGCUGUUCUAGGAGGUCUACUCCAGAUUUUUCUGUUUAUGUGCUUGUGCGGGAUAACAGCCUCGUUAUGUGGUGGUAAACCUUCCGAGGGGAUCUUCGUUGGAGCAUUUCUAUCUAUGUCUUCAACUGCAGUGGUUUUGAAAUUCUUGAUGGAAAGAAAUAGCAUUAAUGCCCUUCAUGGUCAGGUCACUGUCGGUACUCUUAUUUUGCAGGAUUGUGCCGUUGGCUUGCUGUUUGCUUUGCUUCCAAUUCUUGGUGGUACUUCUGGUGUUCUUCAAGGAGUGAUGUCCAUGACCAAAUCGUUGGUGGUUUUGGUUACAUUUUUGGCCAUUUUGUCAAUAGUAUCUCGCACUUGUGUACCAUGGUUCCUUAAACUCAUGAUAAGCCUAUCGUCUCAGACUAAUGAACUCUAUCAACUGGCAUCAGUGGCAUUCUGCUUGCUUGUUGCUUGGUGUAGUGAUAAACUGGGUCUGAGUCUUGAACUGGGUUCCUUUGCUGCGGGAGUGAUGAUAUCAACAACUGAUCUGGGUCAACACACACUUGAACAAGUUGAGCCCAUUCGUAACUUCUUCGCUGCCCUUUUCCUUGCCAGCAUUGGGAUGUUAAUACAUGUUCAUUUCCUCUGGAAUCAUGUCGAUAUUUUACUUGCAGCUGUUAUUUUGGUGAUCAUAAUAAAAACUGUUGUGGUUGCUACUGUUGUCAAGGGAUUUGGAUAUAACAACAAGACUUCACUCCUUGUUGGAAUGUCUCUGGCCCAAAUUGGGGAAUUCGCUUUUGUUCUUUUGAGCCGUGCUUCUAAUCUUCAUUUGGUAGAGGGUAAAUUAUAUCUGUUGCUUCUCGGAACAACAGCUCUUAGUCUGGUAACCACGCCAUUUCCUGCUGUUGUUCAUCUUGGGGCCUUAUUGCGGUGGUUCUCGCCUGAUAGUCCGAGCGAGAUUGGAUAUAAAGGGGAUAAUCUUCGGUCGGACAGUGCUAAGCGUAUUGCCAUCAUGGUCGACGGUUCUCAUGAUUCAUGAUAUUAAAAAUAGUAACAUGAACCAGAAAAUUGCAAACCCUUACCUGAUGAGCUUGUUAUAUAUGCUCUGGGGGACAGGUGCUUAAGAGUGCAAAAGAGGUGGAUUGAGUGGGAAAUUUACACUACCUCAAAGCUCCACUUUGUUGCCCACAUUUUCAGUACAUAUUCUUGACCAGGCAUGAUUGAAACGAACAUCCCAACUGAAACCAAGAAAAGGAUAAGGACGGCGGAUAUAUAUAAAAUACACAUAUAUAUGCCAGCGACACAACUACUAAUUCUUUUAUUAGGUCAUCGUCUUCCUUUUAGAUGACCCAUUUUGUGUAAAAAUUAAAAUAGCAACAGGUUUCUUGUUUCAAUUUUUUAUUUUUUAUUUUUCUCAAUAUGAAAGUGGAUGCUACCCAACUCUCAAAUGUAUCAUCCUUUAUCCCUA